UUAAAAUGUUUCGUGUAACUGACUUAAAGUUAAGGGAUCUUAAGAUGUUUUAUGCAACCAGGCGCAGGAAUACAUGGUGUUUUAUUGUAUUACAGUUUAACAUUGAAAACUGUAAUACAAGUGUCUAAGUAAGUAUGGAUUUAUAGGAAUUUAUAUUUUAAAAGUAGAAGUCCAUAGAAGUGUUGGAAUUAAUUUUAUUAACUGUAUUUAUCAGAACGAUUGGCACUUAUUUCUAGUACUGUUAUUGUUACAGACAAAUGAUCAGAAUUAUUUCAGAAAGUGUUGCAUUCAUAAUAGCUCAAAUGUAGCUCUGCACCCCUUUCUCUUCAUUAUCAUGACUGUUUACACUGCAGUUCUUUUAAUGUUCAUACUGAGUAACAUUUGCACAUAUAGGGGAGUUGAGUCUUUUUCUAUAACACACUGUGUUGAAAAGGAAUGACUGCAUUUUACAAAAUAAUGCCCAUUGUCCUACACAUUUAAAGGAAUUGAAUGCGUUCCGUCAUGUCUCUUUCCAUCAUUUGUGAAAACCCUUAUUGCUGAAACAAAAUAAUUAUUUUGUUCUAUGCUGGAAAUCAACAGCAGGGUUGUUUUAUGUAAAAUAAAAGAGAGAAGAACAGUAAUAUAUUUGAAACAACAGUGGGCUGACAUGAAACACGUAUGUUUCAUUUUAAAUUCAAUAUUUCCCAACUCUAGUUCAUAUUGUGAUAGUUUUGCUCUAUAUCUUGGCUGUUGGUACUGAUCUAAUCUGAGUGAACCUCUGCUUACAGUAGUUUACAUGGUAGGAGGCCCAAUUCUCUGAAAUUAAUAAGGUGGAACAGAGUCACUGAGGCUAAAAAGCUUAAUUUUUAACAGGAUUGUAUGUUGUUGAUGAAUCUCUAAGGCAACAUUCCCAUUGAACAGCUAUGAGGUGAGAGAGCCUUUUCAGUUUUAUUUUAGAUUGUUAUUUUCCAGAAAUGUCUCAAAAAUAGGCUAGUAGCUAUUGUUGACUUGGUUGAAAGUACGAAAAAACAGCAAAACAGAUAAGCUGGUGAAGACUGAGUAGAUAUUAUUGUUGUAUCUUUCUUUUGGGAAAAUAGCCCAAUAAUUUAAGAGCAUUCUUUUUGAAAUUGUAUUGGCAAAUCAACGAAAGUGUGGCUGCUGUGCCUUGUGUGGAGCCGAGACGUCACAAUGCCAAGUAAAGCACAAGAGGGCUCCCUUGCGACAGGGAUCCCUCAACUGACAAAGGAUGCUGUGAUCAACCUGAAGUCUGUCCAGGAGAUGUCCAGGGAGCUGGGGUUUGAGUGGACUGUUCUGGCCUACGAGCUGGGCUUCUCCAGGACUGAGGUUCAUCAGUUCCAUACCACAUCCACAGAGAAGACGGUCCAGGCCAGAAGCAUGCUAGAGUGCUGGCCGGUGGUGGCUGGUCCGCUCCAGCAGUCUGAGGUGCGAGAGGUUCCUCCGCCCCCUCUGGACAUCGAGGGGGCCCGGCGUAUACUGUGCGAGCCAUCAUGGACUGCCGAGAUCCUGGGUGCCGGUGGAGGACAUCCUGGACCCUUCCUUACUGUUGGAAUUUCACCGUCUCCACCCAGAUCGCCCUGCGCGUCGUCCUUGAGGCCGGUGUCGGCGCGUCGGGGGAGGUACUGUCACGACUUCCACCGAAGUUGGUGCCUCUCCUUGUUCGGACGGCGUUCGGCGGUUGUCGUCACGCCGCUUUUUAGCAGCCACCGAUCUACGUUCUUUUUCCAUUUGUUUUGUCUUGAUUGUACACACCUGGUUCCCAUUACGUUACAAUUAUUUCCCUAUUUAACCCUCAGGUUCCCAUUAUGUUUUGUGCGUGAUUGUUCCUUGUUGAGUGUUAGUCUUCUGUAUCAUGGUGUGUUUUUCCCUGCGUGGAAUUUAUGAUUGUUUAUUUUUCGAGUAAAGUACGUUAUUUUACUCACUUCUGUGUCCUGCGCCUGACUCCGUCCUCACCUCUGCACACUGACACUUGACAAGUUGGGUCUACUCUUCAUUAUAAAACAAUUGUUUUAAUGGUUUAACAUCCAUCAGAAGCUGCUAUCAAUUCAUGGUGGCUCUGAAUAAGUCUUGACGGAGACAGAGCUUGUUUUGCCAAGGAAAGUGAAAAGGACUGAGGGAAAGUCAAAUGGAAAUACAUGGAAAGGAACAUGGAAGAACCUCAAAGAACAUUGCAUUUUCAAGAUCAUGUAACAUCAAACAUAACGUCAAAAUGGAUCUCAUAUUCCUACCCUGACAGAAAAACCACAUGAUUUCAACUUACAUUUUAUGUGAAAUCAUGUGAAAACAUGUUUUGGAACACAACGUGAUCACAUUUUCACAUGUGUAGUUUAAUGUAAUCACAUGUUGCUUUACAUGUUAUCACAUUAUCUUCACAUAAGAUUACAGGAAAACAUGUUCACGUGAAAUUCAUGUGGUUUUUGCAUGAACGCCCUGCAGUUCCACACUCAAGGUUCUUAAUAAUGCUUUAAAAUGCACAUGUACGAUUGUGCAUCUGUAAUGGGUUGAAAACAAAGUCACUAAAAACAGACACCCAUUUAUUAUUUA